AUGACCACCGCCGAAGCCCUGCCCAGCCUGCUGGCACAGUCGACGGCGUCACCUUGGUCGAGCAGGAUCCUGCAGUAUGCCACAUGCUGCAGAAAGAGGCGAGGGAGGAAGAAUCUGAAGAAACCAGUCGGUUCUGUGCGAAGCUGCCUGCUUGAAAAAGGCCUGCCCAGUGUGUGGCUUUUGCAGGGCAGGCUUAGAGGUUUCUGUGAGGACCUUGCUCCUAUCAUGCACCUCACGUCUCGUCUUCAUGCCUUUGCAACUGUCGGCCCCAUUCGGCUCCCAGCUUUAUAUCCCGCGCUGUCGUUCUUGCAGGAGAUCAUGGCCAAAGGGUCCCCGAAGUGGUUUGAGGAGGCGCUGAAAUCCACUGAGGUGCUAUGCUUGGUGAUCUAUCGUGGCAAGUGGUGA